AUGACAAAUUUUAUUAGUCAAUGUCCAUUUAAUUUCGAUCUAACCUCACUUAGUGCGAAUGACGAAUGCCCACAAGAAUUUUCGCCUUACAAAACUUUGACGGAGGUUGUCGCUCUUUGUGCUCAUUUAAAAAAUGGGAAAAGGUUUUCGUGGAUGGAAAAUGUUACAGAAAUUUUACCUGCAACUGAUUUUUGUUACUACGGUCAUCAGGAUGAUGAAUUUGAGGAUGAUGGUUGGUUUCCAAAGCCCAGGUUAGAUAGGAAAAGUGUACCAAAAAAUCUUUUUUGCCAUGAUUACAGAGGUGAAGGAAGCGACAAGCAUGAUGCAUAUAAUUUCUUCAACUGGUCUUGUGUUGAUAUUUUUGUGUAUUUCAGUCACCAUUUUGUGACAGUUCCUCCUCCUGUUUGGACAAAUGCUGCUCAUAAACAUGGAGUACCUAUAUUAGGUACUCUUAUUACUGAACCCAAAAAUGGUCAAUCCAUAUGGAAUGAAAUAUUAGAUUCAGAAAUAAAAGCACAAUGGUUUGCAGAAGCUCUUGCACUCAUUGCAGAUGCUCAUAAAUUUGAUGGAUAUUUAUUAAACAUUGAAAAUCCUCUUUCGGUCGAUUUAAUGCCGAGACUAAUGAUUUUCAUAAAAUCACUUAAGAAACAAUUGUUAAAGUACAAAAAAUUUAAAACAUAUGUCAUUUGGUACGACAGUUUAACAGUUUACGGCGAAUUAAAAUGGCAGAACGAAUUAAAUUACACAAACAGGCCGUUUUUCGACAUAACCGACGGGAUAUUUAUAAAUUAUUCUUGGAAAAUAGAUAAUUUAUAUCAUUGUAGAAAAAUGGCCGCAGAGAGAAUUCACGAUGUUUACGUGGGAAUCGACGUUUUCGGUCGUAACAUGUACGGCGGCGGAGGUUUCAACACGAGAGAAGCAUUAAAGGUUGUGAGAGAAAAAAAUCUUUCAUCCGCCAUAUUUGCAUUUGGAUGGACUCACGAAAAAAUACCGGGAAAUUUUCUCGUCAACGAUGAAAUAUUUUGGUCUUGCGUUUUCCCUUAUUUGAACACUCACGGAACGAAAGAAUUUCCAUUCAAAUGUAAUUUUAACAGGGGAUGCGGUUUGAAAUAUUAUAAACAAGGAGUGGUUGUGAAAGAUGGUCCAUGGUUGAACAUGUCGAAACAAAGUUAUCAAUACUCCUAUUUAAAAUGUAUAACGAAAACGAAUUUAAACGCAUUCAAAGAUGUCAUAUCGACGAUAAAUCAGUACGUGUACACGUUAAACGAGAAAACCGAUAAGAGUCCGGAAAUGGAAAAGAAAAAAUCCGAAAAAUUAUUGUUUCACGUUUCGCAAUUAGAAGGACAUUAUAAGAAAAUGAAAGAACCCCUUGUUGAAUAUACGUUCGAGGAUGCUUUUAACGGUGGAGGAUGCAUUAAAAUAAAUCCAUCUUUCGACGAGGGAAUGAGACACGUCACGUUAUUCGAUUGCGAUUUAGACGUGAACAACGACGAAUGGUUUGUCAAAACCGUUAUGAAAUCCGAUUAUGAAAAAUUAUUAAAAGACGUCGAACUUUAUCCCAUCGUUUACAUAGUCGUACAAACGAAAGAAGGAAGUUUGACUAAAAUCGAAUUGAGACACGGAGAAGUUGAAUCCUCGGAAGCUGGAUGGGUCAUAAGGAAAUUCAUGCUCACGCAAAAAGGAAACAUAUUGGAAAUCGGUUUGCUCAUAAAUCCAACUCAUCGAUCCGUUUUAUUUGGCGAAAUCGUUGUGAGCAAUCGAUAA